AUGCCUAUUAUGUCGCGGUCGCUCUAUACUCGGGCCCGCUCAAGGUUGAAAAAUUCUCUAAUCAAAGGGGUUUGCCCAGGUGAACAAGGCCAAGGCCAUGUAGACGGUUUGCGCUACAAAUGCAGCAACCAAAAGAGGCAACUCAAACACAGGCUUCUGCCUCUUCCAUACUCGUUGGGCCGACUACAUCUUGAUUCGGUGCAUCCGGCGAGUUUGCUGAACCUGUGA